CUCUGGGUGCCGCCGCGAACCGCUGCGCGAACCCCGCUUCCAACCACCCCCCGAAUCGCUUCACUUCGGCUCUUACCCUCGUCGUCCUCGCCAACCCGCCGCCAGCCGCCAUUGCCAUUGCUUGCCAUCGCCGUCGCGAAUCUCGACCUCGCGGCGGUCUGGCACUGCCCGCCAUGGCCCAAUCUCAGUACGGCACCGCGCAGUCCAGCCCGAGCAUCUCGGCAAACACGCCCGCCGCCGCGCGUCCGCGCUCCAACGACCAGUCCCUGCCUCCGCGCUCCCAGUCGCAGCAGCGCGACGCAGAGGCCGACGCCAGCGCACAGCAAAACGCCCAGCAUAAGCGCGUCUACCAGGCCUGCAUCCCCUGCCGCCGUCGAAAGGUCCGAUGCGACCUCGGCAGCGUCGACAACCCCCACGACCCGCCCUGCGUCCGCUGCCGCCGCGAGAGCAAGGAGUGCUACUUCAGCGCCACCCGUCGCAAGCGCAAGACGGACGACGGUGAGGGCAGCGACGUCGACGAGUACAUCAUCCGCAAUGGCCGCAAGAGGCUGCACGCCGCCGCCUCGCCGCCGCCUCGUCUCGACCGACGCUUCUACAGCGACGUGCCCUUGACCCCCGGCGGCUCCCACGGCCGGAGCCAACCCCUGCGCCGCCCCGAUGGCUCUCGCGCCCGGGACCGGAGGAAUGGCGAUUUUGAUGGUGAAGGUGACGCAAACCAGCAGCUCGAGAACCUCGAAGCCCAGACGGUGAUGCGUCGCGAGAUGUACGGGCCCCAUGACGCCCUCGACCUCCUCUACAAGGCAGCAACGGACAGGUUUGUUGUCGAGUUGUCCUCCAGGCCCUCAGACAAAGCUAACGAUACCAGCCCGGCUGCUAACCACAGGAGAGAGGGGAGCACCGCCUCGGGCACGACGGUGCCCCCGCCCCAGCCCACGCCGCAAGAGACUGCUGCCCGGGAACCCCCGCGACCAACCUCCAUGUCCAUCAAGCUCGAGCAUCAGCAGCAGCUGCACCAGCAGCAGGCUGUCCGGCAACCCAUCGACCCCGACCUGGCGCAGCAGCCCGGCAUACGGAGUAACCCUGGCUACCUCAGUGCUCUGAGGGCCUGGAGUCGCUUCCGCUUUGUCCGUGCCGGCUGGUUCACGUCGCAAGAGGCCAUAGAGUAUAUCGACUACUAUUACAAGUACCUCUCGCCGAUGACCCCCAUAUCGCCCCCGACCUUCAGCGAUCCAUCCUCGCAUAUAACGCUCUUGACGGAGGAGCCAAUUCUUACCGUGACUCUGCUCACCAUUGCCUCGCGAUAUCGCCAGAUGCCGGGCACCGGCGGGCACUGCCGAUCGCACGCCAUACCUGACCAACUGUGGAAUUACCUGAGGGGCAUGAUCGAACGUUGUCUCUGGGGCCAGGAGGCCUUUGGCGGUGGUUUCUGUGGCUCUGGUGGCUCUUCCGCGCUCAUCAUGGAAGAGACGGACACGAGCAGCACGGCCCCCUGGCGCGGCAUGCGCAAGGGAAGCCUGAGAACCCUCGGCACCAUCGAAUCACUCUUGAUCCUCACCGAGUGGCACCCGCGGGCGCUGCACUUCCCUCCCCAAGAGGCCACCGACGAGCUGAUGCUCCCCGACUACGAUGCGACACCCAUGGUGGGCGUCGAUCCCACGAGGAAUGUUGGAGCCGGAUUCGGCGGGAAGCGAAUCGAAAGUUGGUUGGAGCCCGCGUGGAGGAGCGACCGCAUGUGCUGGAUGCUUCUCAGCACGGCAAUGGGGUUGGCGUACGAACUUGGAGUCUUCGAUGACAUCGACGAGAUGCUCAAAGACGAUGCCAUAACUCGUCCGGAAUUCCAGGACGAGGGCUACAGAACGAGAGCGAACCGGAUCAAGCGGUUGCUUCUCAUCUACACGUCCCAGCUGGCUGGCCGCCUCGGCUGGACAAGCAUGACCCCCGAGCACCUGCGCAAGGCCGAUCCCGCCGUGGCGAGGAGGCGUACAAUGUCGAGCGACGGAGCCACGCCCAGCUCCUCGUCCCUCGCAAACGGCUUCAACUAUGUUCCCGACCUUGAGCUCGAUGAUCAGAUCAUCCACUGCUGGGCAGGCAUCAGCAACGCCAUGCAUCUCGGAAACGAGAAGCUGUUCCGCUCACGGAAGCAUACUACAGAAAUCAUCCAGACCGGCAAGUACGUCGAGUUGCUGCGAGAAUUCGCGCCCAUGCUCCGAGACUGGUACCGCGAGUUUGAACUCUUUCGCCUGCCUCAGUUCAUCAGGCACAUCCUGACCAUCGAAUAUGAAUACGUGCGCAUCUACGUCAACUCUCUAUCGCUGCAGGCUGUUGUCGAGCGAUGCACCAACAAUGCCGGCAAUACCGCCGCAGCCAACGGCGACGGGCAGACGACCAACCAACAGCUGUCGCCGCAAACCAUGAUCAACUACGGCAAGCUGCCGCUCGGCCAGCUGGGCGGCUUCACCGUGAAUGAUCAAGAAUACGUUCGCGAGGUGGUGGACGGAUGCAGGAACCUGCUUCGCACCGUCGUCGACGGCCUGCUUCCGGGAGGAUACCUUAAGCACGCCCCCGUGCGGACAUACUUUCGCAUCAUCAGCGGCGCCAUGUUCCUUCUUAAGACGUUUGCGCUGGGCGCCCCGCGCUCCGACGUCAAGUUGAGCAUCGAUCUCAUGGACGCAACCGUAGAGGCCCUCCGUAAUUGUGUGGUGGACGACGUCCACCUCGGCAUCCGUUUCGCGGACCUCCUUGAGACGCUCACGAGUAGGCUGAGGAACCGCUUCAUUCAGGCCCCGACCAUGCAGCAAUCCUCGGGCAGGGGCCAAAGCCCUCAGCCCGAGGGUGCCGGUGCCGCAGGGCCGAAUGGGGACAGCACCGCCAACUGGGUUGGCGGGCAUGCUCAACGGCUGCGGGAGGGCCUUAACGGGCAAUAUCGCGCUGGGUCUCCUACUGCCGAGGGAAACAACAUCUCGGCCACGCCAUUCGAUCUGUCGACGGGCAACUUCCCGUACCCGGGCAAUACCUCGAUUGGUCCCUCGACGCCGGCGACUCAUGUCGACAGCCACCAUGCGCCCGGCGCUGGCUUGGACAUGCAUCUGUUCGAGGAAUGGAACAACCCAGGCAACGAGAUGUGGUACCUGCCCCCUGGCCCAGCUUUCUUCCAGAACAUGGAGAACAGUUCCGUUGCCAUGACAGCCGAGGGCGUCAACGUUGGCGGGCUAGACCUGCUCGAGUACAUGGCCAUGGACCCGGUGCAGUUCUCGGGCAUCGGAGAGGGCCCCGGGUCCGCAAAUGGCGCCAACGGCGCCAACAACAACGGCGGUGGCAGCGGCAGCGGCGCUGCUUGAUGAGGAGCGCCGAGAUGAAAUGCCGACCUACGGACAUCGGCAGGUAAUGACUUACGACGAAGCCGAAGAAGAAUGCGCAAGCGAAAACUCGACCAGUCGAGCCAGCGAUCCUCGCGCGUCUGUCGUCAAUCUGAAGGAUUGAGGACCUCAUCACCAGGGGAGGCAACACUUUUUUUUUCACCUUUUUUUUUUUUGGCAUCAUUGGGGUCUCGAAGCACUGGCGAAUCUGGAAACCAAAAAAUGGGCUGCGAAUUUCUCGAAUUGUAAUUGUCUUCCUUUUCUUGUGUCUCAAUAUUUUGUCCGGAGUCGGGCGGGCCAAGUGGAAAGGCAGGACGGACGAACAGGGAGGUCGCCUUGAAAACAAACGUGUAGCUCGAAUCCCGGCACCCCUUUCGUCUCUAGUUUCCACCCCCGACGGCCCCCUCUUUUCUUGCCUUGCCCGGCUUCCUUUGUUUUGUGUUUCUACAUGGGACGCCUUCAGCGGGCGGCGCUACCGGGUCAUCAUGGGCCGUUCGCAUCUCUUGGUGCUCUGGGCAGCGCGCGGUAUUGUCACUUUUCUUGUUCAGCGCCGUGUUUCUUCCCCGACGAGCAGCGGUUUUUACGACAAUGAAUGGGGUGGGCAAGCAGUGUAUGAUGGGAGCGAGAAAGAUGGUUGGUGGGGGGGGACCAAGGCUCAACUAAGUCUCGUGUAAGUCUCGUGUAGGAGGAGAAAAGUUGGCUAGGCUGGUUGUUCGAAUCGGUACACUAGCUAGCUACCUCAUUGGCAGUUGGAUGUAUAUCCCAUCACCACGAGCUACUGCGUCUUAAUUGUGUGCGUCGUCUCAGC